GGUAAUAGGGCUCCAUAUUGUACUGCUUUGUGUCCUCUGCUUUCUUCCUUUCUUCAUGCCUCUGUUUCUCUAUUUUAGGGUAAAAGCUUUGUGAUCGAAGAGAAAUACUUGCAGCAUGCCUAUCGUUUCCUCUCAACGCUACGAUCCUGCUUGCUGCUUUCCUAUGAUGGACUGUACAGUUAUUUCACCUCCAUAUCAGAAACGCUGCCUUCCUCACUCAAGCUGGAGCUUGAAAAACUUGAUAUGAAAGCCCGGCUCAGUGAGUUAUCUGACAAAGUGACGGAAAUAGAAGACGCCAAUGAUCUGCCAGAAGCAAUAAAUGGCAGCCUAAUACAACUGUCAUCUCAACUUCUCAAUCUAUGGGGAAUAUUUCUUCAAUCCUCCUUGGAGAGUAAAGCAGAAAAGCAGCAAAUAAAGGAAGAAAAGUUCAAGAAGUUGUUCUUUUCUACUGACCAUCCCCGAGAAGAAGCUAUUUUAUAUGAUGAGAAGAUCGCUCAAAGGCAUAAAGAGAUUUAUGAAGAAGUAAAAAAAUCUCCAAAAGUCAGUUGUUCUCUCGAGUGCCUGGACACGGACAUUGUAUCGAAAUCUGCUCCAGUGAUCUUUGAAGACCGGUACUUAGAGCCUGACGCAAUUGAUUGUUCAGAAGAUGUUAAAUCUUCCCCUGUUGCCUGUACUAAAGAUCCGCGCAAGAAACUGAAGUCAUUGCGUACUAUCAUGGCAACAGAUGGAAAUCUUGAUUUAAGUGCCUCCUUUCAUGACAUGCCAUAUACUCUGAGGAAGGGAUUGUUUGAGGCUAAAAAAGAACUGAGAGAAUGGAUAAGUCGGUUCUUUUCCAACAACCGUUCCAAGAAGUUUACUCUGAGCAUGGAGCUAGUCAACGACUCAGAUGAAGGAAUAUCUGUGCAAAUCAGGAUGAGACCUUCUUAUUGUAAUUACCUUUUUACUAUAUCUUCUCCUGUGGGAAAUAUAAAUAUAACAUACAUUUUACCUUAACUUGAAC